AUGCUCUGCCACGCUACCGAUCGGGUUUCACUCAAGCACACUGCUCCAGAGCCGCUGUUCAAUGGCGAUUAUGGCACCGGACCACCCUCGGACCUAGCACUGAAUUAUCUCAUCUGGGCGACUGCCUCCGCCAGACCUUCGAUCUUUACAAUCAUCCAAUCCCUACCCAUUGAGGUCCAAGACAUAAUACUCAACUACUCAUCCGUAGGCACAGUACUAGCUGCUAAACUCGGCUGCAUGCUUGGCUUGGGAUCCCCAUUCUCGUGGAAAGAUGGCCCACUAAAGGUUACGUUGGAGGAAAGGUACGUAAUUCGGCCUUCGGGAUCCUCUGUCGAGUCCCAGGUCUGGUUCGGUGAGCACAAGAGCGGUAUAUUCUAUUUAGCACGAGCAGAAUAG